UUUAAUAUCAGUCUCCCUAAAUCACCAACCCAACACCAUCCGAAUUACCAGAUUCGACUGGUGGCAGACUUGGGGCCACGACCGACGGCGAACAUGAGGGAGAUCGACGCCCAUUUCGAUGCCUACGAGCAUCUGAAGCACCUCCCCAAAGAUGGCGACGCCCUGCAUAUGCUUCGCAAAGUUGCGUCCAUGGUCAAACCCAUGAUGAGGAAGCGCGGAUGGAAAGUGGCUACUCUUGCUGAGUUCCUGCCGGAUGAGCCCCAGCUAUUGGGCUUGAACAUCAACAGGACAGAGAGGAUUCUCAUUCGUUUGCGCUAUCACCAUGACUCUCGACAGUUCCUAUCAAUAGAACAGGUUACAGAUACGCUGCUUCAUGAACUCUCUCAUAUCGUUUGGGGGCCACACGACGUCAACUUCCACAAUCUUUGGAACGAACUGCGUGAAGAACAUCAAUCCCUUAUCGCAAGAGGCUACUCUGGCGAAGGCUUCCUCUCCCAGGGCCAAAAGCUGGGGGGUAAAAGAGUUCCCUUGGAAGAGAUGCGUCGGAACGCUCGAGUGUCAGCAGAAAGGCGAAGAGCCUCGACCAAUGUCAACGUAGGCGGCCGCCGCUUGGGCGGUCCACCCCUUUCGAGCGGUGUUGAUAUGCGCAGAGUUAUAGCGGAUGCUCAUUCCAGAAAAACAAGCAUCACAGAAGGAUGCGCGAGCGGCAGCAGAGAGGUCGACCGGCUAAGGGACCAGCAGGCGCGGGGCGGGUUCAGAACGAAAGCGGAGGAGCACGAUGCGAACGACCAGGCCAUCGCACAGGCUCUGCAAGAUCUCAUGGAAGAAGAGGAACUACACAAACUAUCGGAGCUGUGCGCACCUAAAGGGGGAGGAGGACUGGCUUGGGACCCCGUCAAUGGCCUGCAGUUCGACAAUGACCCACCGCGGCCUCGAGAUCCAGCCGCUCGUUCAGUGAUAUCUCGACCGAAACUUUCAUCGCAAUCGCCACCGCCGUUGAGCUCUCAAAGCAGGCCGUCCUCUCGCCUGGUCACACGGAACUCUGGCUCUUCGUCACAUUCGAGACCAAUACCUAACCAGCCUUCUCGCCACACGUCCGAUGAUGAGCAUUUUUCAUCAUCUCCGCCAGCUGAAAGUCCUGUUUCGCCUGAACCAUCUCGGAUACCUUCAUCGCGCCCACCAUCAGUAGCACCCCCCGCGCCGGCCAUUCCAACCGAUCCUAACGAAUGGGCGUGUCCGCAGUGCACUUUGCACAACCCUCUCAAUUUCCUAUCUUGCGGAGCGUGUGGCUUAGAACAGCCGCCCCAGCCUAUACCACAGGGUCGAAGAUUUGAUGGAUCGGACCACGCUCCCAAACUACCAAAGCCACCCCCGGCUGCAGAGCUGAGGGGGCCCAGUGCGACGCCAUUUGAACCAGCCAAGGGUCGGAUAGGAUGGAAUUGCUUGAACUGCGGGACAUUCAUGGAGAAUCAGUGGUGGACAUGCACUCUUUGCGGAGAGAUGAAGAUUGAAUCAUGA